AUGGGAAAGUUCGCCAAGAUCAAAAAAGCGCAACAAGGGGAGACGGAGACUGCGCAGCAGAAAAUGGAGUGGGCGACCGCCGGAGCGAAGGAUUCGAGUUCCGACGACAGCUCCGACGAUUCGGACUCAGAACAGCCUACGGUGGCUCCGACCGAGGAGACCCGCAAAAGAGCCGAGCUGUGGACGAAUCGCGAGCGAGUGCUCGUCAUGUGCUCGCGCGGCGCCGACGUUCGUACCCGUCAUCUGAUGACCGACAUCAAGGCCCUCCUGCCGCACGCGAAGGGAGACUCGAAGCUGGAUCAGCAGAAGUCGUUGAAUGUGAUUAACGAGAUUGCGGAGAUGAAGAAUUGCACGAAGGUGAUGUACUUUGAGAGCAGAAAGCGAAAGGACACGUACCUUUGGAUGUCGAACGUCAAGAAGGGACCGUCGAUCAAGUUCCUGGUGCACAAUGUGCACACGAUGAAAGAGCUUAAAAUGUCGGGAAAUUGCCUGAAGGCGUCGCGGCCGGUGCUCUCGUUCGACGAUGCGUUCGACAAGAAACCACAGCUCAAACUCAUCAAGGCCAUGCUCAUUCAGGUUUGUCCAGAGAAAAGACAAUAGUAAAAGGUAUUUUCAGACUCUCGGCACUCCGAACCACCACCCACGCAGUCAGCCAUUCGUCGAUCACGUCUUCAACUUUUCGGUCGGAGAAGGCGACAAAAUCUGGUUCCGCAACUUCCAGAUCGUCGACGAAAGUCUUCAGCUGCAGGAGGUCGGACCUCGGUUUGUGCUCGAAAUGUCCCGCCUGUUCGCCGGCUCGUUUGAAGGCGCCGUUCUGUACGACAAUCCGAACUACGUGUCGCCGAACGUGCUCCGUCGCGAGCAACGCAAGGGACAGCACGCCUACAUCGAGAAGCAGUUGGCUGUGAAGGCGUCUAACGUGAAGAAGGCGCGCGUGACCGAGAUUCUGACCGAAAAGACUGAGGAUCCGGUCGGAAAGGUUGGUUUUGACGGGGGAAAAUCGGGAGAAUCAACGAUUUAUUUGCAGGAAUUCGACAUUCUGAGCAACGGAAACUCGGAGGCGGCUGCUCAGAUCUCGGCUCAAAUCGAGAAGCGUCGUGUGCGCAAGAAGAAGGUGCAGAAGGCCAAGUACACUGGCGGACAAUAA